GCCGCACCUGGGGCGCGGGGUCAGUGCGGCGGCGAUGGCGGGCGGGGUGCGGCCCCUCGUGCUGCUGUGCGCGGCGGCCGUGUCCCUGGUGGGCGCCCAGGUCACCUCGGAGACGAAGGAAGUGCCUGAGAACCAACCCGUCGACAUCCCGUGCUCUGCGUACCGCUCCGACUGGGGAAAUCCCCGCAUCGAGUGGAAGUUCCAGAAGGGCUCUUCCCUGGUGCUCUUCUACUAUGCGGGGGCACUCACAGACCCCUACAAGAACCGCGUCGUGUUCUCCGUCACCUCCAUCCACUUCAGCACGGUGACGCGGGAGGACACGGGGAAAUACAUCUGUGAGGUGGUGGGGGACAACUCCCAGAUCGCCAAGUCGGAGGUCAACCUCAUUGUCCAGGUGCCCCCCUCCAAGCCGGUCGCCCACGUUCCCAGCUCAGCCACCAUCGGUCGCACCACGGUGCUGCGCUGUACGGAGUCGGACGGCUCCCCCCCCCCCACGUUCCGCUGGUACCGGGACGGCAUGCUGAUCCCCACCGACCCCAAAAGCAGCCUCAGCUUCCGCAACUCCUCCUACACUCUGGACUCCACCACCGGGGAGCUGACCUUCAAUCCCGUCAGCGCCUUUGACACCGGCGAUUAUUACUGCGAGGCCUCCAACAACGUGGGCACGGCGCAGAGGUCGGACGCGGUCCGCAUGGAAGCCAGUGAGGUCAACGUGGGCGGCAUUGUGGCAGCGGUGGUGGUGCUGCUGAUGCUGCUGGGACUCAUCGCCUUCGGGAUUUGGUUCGCCUACAGCCGCGGCUACUUCCAGAGAAAAGACACUGCCUCCAAAAAGGUGAUUUACAGCCAACCCUCACAGCGCAGCGACGGGGAGUUCAAGCAGACGUCGUCCUUCCUGGUGUGACCCCAUGGGGUGUGGAUGUUCCCCAUCGCUGCAGCUCCACCAUGAUUUGAACUAUUUGGGGGCUUUGGGUUGUUUUUUUUUUUUGGGGGGGGGGGGGGAGGGGGCUGUUUAGUUUCAUUUUUUAAAGUGUUCCCCAGUGCCUUCCUGACGUCGGUUCCUUUUUGGGGCAUCCCCACCCCCUCCCCUCAAAGCAGUGCCUCAUUGUUGUCCCCCCCCAACCCUCGGUUGUCCCCACACUUUGGGGGGGGGGGGUCCAGCACUGCAUCCUCACAGGAGCAGAGUCCCCCAUCACCUCCUGGGGGGCAGGAGUGGGGGGGAGGGGGGAGCGCAGACCCCAUUGCUCCCACCUGCUGGAAACCAAUAAACCGUUGUCCUUUA